UGCUAAUCAGUCUUCUCCGAGUGGUCGGUGCGUUUACGUCGCUCGUGGAAAACGCGGACGUGAACGAAAUGACAAACGAGAACAAAUGCAAUUCAGCUGUCGAACUAGGUAUCACAACGGACAGUAAGGAUGUCAAAAGAUUUGUCAAGAAGGAAACAGUGAGAAAGAUCAAAACGAUUGCCGGUCAUAUGGGGUUGCUGAUCACUUUGACGCUCUACACUGUAAUCGGCGGACUGGUUUUUCGACAGAUCGAACUUCCAGCAGAGCUUCGGCGACUUGAGCGUUUACGCGCGAAAUUACGUACGCAAAGAUAUCGCUUUGUGGAGUCCGUCGCUAAUAAUACCGAUGUCUCUAAUUUUCAAACAUUGAUCAGCAUGAAUUUGCGCGUCUAUGAAGAAAUGGUCCAGGAAGCGGCGGAAGCUGGUUUACUGGUCAGUUUUGUAACGGAUAUUAUUGAUUACGCUGAUCGUGUCGACUCGGACUUGCCACCCGUUGUCACUGAACGAUGGAGCGUUCUUCAGGCGGUUUUCUUCGCUAGUACCGUUCUUACUACGAUUGGAUAUGGAAACGUCGUGCCCUCGACCAACUGGGGAAGGAUCUUUUGUAUUUUUUUCGCUUUCAUCGGCAUACCUCUUACCUUGAUUGUGAUCGCCGAUUUGGGAAAGCUGUUCGCGAAAGUGGUGGUGCAUAUCGCGUUGACGAUGAAAUCAAAACUUCCAUUUCUUAUGAAUCUCUCAUGUAUUCCGACGAACGUGACUGGUCGACGAUCGCUCGGUGCCUGUGCCGCUGUCGGGCUGCUCUUCCUGUAUCUCGCCUGCGGCGCCGGUAUGUUUAUGCUGUGGGAGGACGAUUGGGACUUUUUUGAUGGAUUUUACUUCUGCUUUGUAACUAUGACUACCAUAGGCUUUGGUGAUCUUGUACCGAAGAAGCCCAAAUACACUUUAUUGUGUACCUUGUACAUCUUGGUCGGUCUGGCGCUGACCAGUACUAUCAUCGAACUUGUUAGACGACAAUACGCUCAAUCUUGGAGAGGGUUGCAAAGACUGAGCGGUCCAUUGGCAGAGACUCUCAGAAAACUCGGCGAACAAGCGGGUGGCGACAUGUCUGCGCUACAUUCCGACUUGAGGAAAGUGCUGACAGUCAUAUCCAUGCCACGUUUGAGAUGGUCUUCGUCUAUCGAUCCAGGUGGCUCGAAGGACCGGGAUUGGGAGGAAGCCGUAGAGGCAGUAUUGCGCGACAUUGCCGCGUCUGCGACUGCGCCACCGUCGAAAAAGCCAAUCGUACAAAUAGUCGUUUACGAAUCUAGUGUUUAAUAUACCUUUAACCGGAAGAUAUGAUACAAAUAUGUUACAUUAGGCAUCUUUGAUACCUUUUAUUUUCGAAUUACGGGCAUUUUUUGUCAGAAUAAAUAUAAAACCAUCUCUGUGCUUUUUUACGCAGUGAUAUACACAGCGAUGAUAAGUUUUUAUAUGAUAAAUUAUGAAGAAGACACAAAUUUAUUGUAUUAUUUAUU